AUGUCUACCCCGCGCCUUACGAAGCUUCGAAAACAACCAAACAGUACUUGGGCCCAACUUCAAAAACGCCUAAUCGCACUUCCUGAUCCAUUUGAAACGCUUUUCCCUGUCGAAGUCUGGAGCUUUAUUCUCAACAAGUCGCACUCUAUUAGCACAAAUCCUGGCUAUGUUUCUUCCACUCUGAUUACUACCACUGCGUUCAUGGCUGGAACUGCAACUACACUGAAAACUGCAACACAAGAAAUGCCACUCAACAUCUAUUCAAUCUUCGUUGGCCCUCCAACAACUGGAAAAUCACAAGCAAUCAAGGAAUGCGCUAUAUCACCCAUGGCCAGUGUAACGGCAGAAGCAGAUUCUGCAAGCCCUGUAAUCCAGAAAUGUACCUCGUCGGGACUGAUAAAAACAGUCGCAGACAACAACAGAGGGUUCCUUUUGUCAGCAGAGAUUUACGACGUCCUGUUCAAAUUGCUAAAGUCUGACGAAGAAAAUGCCACUGGCGAUGUACAAGCGCUAUGUCAACUGUUCUCUGGAGAAGAGGCCUCCUACCGGUAUGCCACUGAAAAAACGCGGGAAAUAGCAGCAAACACGCCUUUCUGCAUCUUAGGGGCAACACAGAUUCCAUUUGCCGCCCGUCUAGUCGCCCUAUUAGAUCAAGGACACGGUCUUUUAGACCGGUUUUUAAUUACAUUCCCAAAGUGCUUGCGACCGACGCCAACGCAAACAAGCCAGGCAAUCGAAGCCUUAAAAGAGAGCGGCCUUUCCAGCGUCGAAGACAUAUUCGUGGAGAUUGCUCGCCUGCAUCUUUCACGUUCCACUUACACUCUAGACCAAGAGGCCACAGAAACUGUGAACACCAUAAACGAACAAUUUAUAGCCGAGGUAAAUGAAGCCAUCUUGGAAGGCACAAGUCCGCCCAAGACGAAAAAGAUCGACAUCAUCCUCCGUGUUGCAGCAGCGCUCCAUAUCUUUAACCACGUCACUGAGGAGCUGCUUCAAGGCAGGCAGGCCACACAGCCAGCAGACGAAAUCGAAAAGUCUACACUUCUCUGCGCCAUCGAAUACGUAAAUUGGGCUGAAUCGCAGAAAGAAAUUUUUGUUGAGGUAAGCGAUAUGAAAUCUUUCUACCUUAAAAUCCCACGAUUACUUUCCAAACUAUAUACCUCAGAUAACCCUUUUUAUCUAGUUCAGGGGGUAGAGGAAGGGAAAGGAGUUUCUUAA